CACCGUGCCUGUGUUAAAAAUACACACAGGAGACAGGAAGACAUUUGACCACGUGUCCAAACCUGGAGGACAAAUUCAUAAAAUAUUAACUUUACUAACAUACUGUACAACUCAGUUAAGACAAAAGACAAACAAAAGCACCGUUGUUUCUAGUGAAACUUGACUGCCUUCAAUAUUUAGUGUGUGGUUUAUUUUUCACCAUGUAACUUUCCAUCAGUAACCGACAGACAGCAUUAGGUGGAGCAGCCUCCCCGCUGGUUUCGCUUUGCCCCGCAGGCUUUGAUUUUCAUCUAAAUAUACAGUUGUCAUGGGCGUCCGUCACCACACCCAGAGCUCAGGAUGAUGGACCCCAUUGGUUUCCUUUGAGAGUCUUCCCCCUUCACCUCCCAGAUAAUUCACCAUGUGGGAAGUGUCUCUGAUCCACUGUGGCUCACACUGAACCUGCGUCCUCCCUCGCCUCCUCUCUUGCCUCAGCCACCAUCCUAUCAGAAAUGUGGGGACACAAUCCUCCUGCACUGCUCUCACUGCUGGGUCUGAUGCUGCUGUGGCCAUACGUUCUCACCACCACUGUUUCAUCCAGACCGAACACUACAGACAUCACGACUCUCUCUGCAGACAGCAAACAGCGCCCUCAUGCGGCCAAGAGGUCAACGCAGAACUGUGACAGCACGUUUGACAACUACUGUCUGAACCAAGGCCAGUGUAUGCUGCUGGUGGACAUGAACGUACACCACUGCAAGUGUGAGCGAGGCUUCUAUGGUCCCAGAUGUGCCAAAGCAGAGCUGGUCUUCCAGCCAAUGGCAGAAGAGCAGAUGAUUGUCACAGUGUUCUGUGUGUGUCUGUUGCUCAUCGGUUUGGCCGGAGCCCUGUACUUCUGCUGUAAACGUUAUAAGAAAAAAAGACUGCUUGCAUCACAACAGGCGUCAGGAUCAUCGAGGGACUGUUUGCAGUGUCUCCCUCUCACCCACGGCGCAAAAGCAGGAAAAUCCAACCAGGAAUUUCCAGUUUCCUAACUGAGAAAUUACAACAUAGCAGUGACGUUUCCUGAUUACACUACCAUAACUUAGUCACAGCCACUUACAGCACACGACACUGGGUCACGUAUCAAACAGGAGAUUAAAACCUUUUUACAAGACAUGAAACUGUUCUACGUCUGGUGCAAUAGACGUUUGCAGCAGCUCCAGGUUCUGGUGUAAUGUCUAAUGGCCCCUAUAAAACCAUGACACACAGCCCACUGUUUGAUUUUAUGGCAUUUGGUCAUAGUUGUUUGGUCUUACUGUGGGAGUUUGUAUGUUAUUGUACAGUAAUGAACCAGUCAGGCUGCUCGGAAAUGACAAAUGUUUUGGGCGGUAAAAGAAUGGUCUCUAUUUUAUUUGUCUCUGUUCAACAAAUACAGAUUACACAAAUCAUUGCACCUAAUUAGGGUUUUUUUUUAAAAAAAAGAUUACUUUUUAACCAGAAUCUUCCUGAGGUUUUCUGUUUUAGAAUAGAGUCACAAGAUACACCCAAGAUUGAAAUCCAUUUUGCUUGAAACUGUUUUCUGGGGACCCAUAUUUUAAGUCACAAAUCUUCACGACCCAAGUCAAUAGACAUUAUUGGUAAACGCCUGGGAAAUAUGAUGCGAGAUGACCC